GGAAGUUCUUCCUGGAGCGCCGCGGAGGUCACGAGUCAUGUGACAGCGGCUUGACAGGCGGCUUCCGAGAGGCGACUAAACUUUGGGGACACCCGGGCAGGUCGCCCCAGGCUGGAGCGCGCGAGGGCGUAUAGGUUGAUCCUGCGGGAGAAAGGGGUUCAUCAUGGCGGAUCAUUCUUAUCAUGUAGGGUGUGUGAUUAUCCCUGUGUACAUAUAAUGAAGCCUAAUGAAACCGAGGCCUAGAAAAAAGGAUCUAAAGCGAUUUCUGUACAAAAAGUUGCCAAGCGUUGAAGGGCUCCAUGCAAUUGUUGUAUCAGAUAGAGACGGGGUGCCUGUUAUUAAAGUGGCUAACGACAGCGCUCCAGAGCACGCCCUGAGGCCUGGCUUCUUGUCCACCUUCGCUCUUGCCACAGAUCAAGGCAGCAAACUCGGACUUUCCAAAAAUAAAAGUAUCAUCUGUUACUAUAACACCUACCAGGUGGUUCAGUUCAAUCGUUUACCUCUGGUGGUGAGCUUCAUAGCCAGCAGCAAUGCCAACACAGGACUAAUUGUCAGCCUAGAAAAGGAACUGGCUCCAUUAUUUGAAGAGCUGAUAAAAGUUGUGGAAGUGUCCUAAUCUAACAAUGGAUUUGAUGUCUUCCUUGUCUUCACUGCAACAACACCCUGUCAGUCCAGCAAUCUUUAGACCACAGUAAUACUUGUAUCUAUGUGUCCAGAGGGCUGCUCUUCCACCUUACACUAAAGGAGAGCCUAUAGCUGUAAUUUAUAGACAGAUCAAUUGUUAUAUUUAUGUGUAUAAAGUCUUUUCUUACUUAGUGAGAUCUGGGAACGCCACAAAAAUGGUUCAUUCUAGUGCAGCUCCCAUGGAGUUAGUGUGGAUGUCUGAUAAAGAGUGGUGUCUGUCCCAUCAUCGGGUCAGAGUGGCGUACGGAUGCUCUGGAGCCAGCAAGCACACCUGCUGCACAGUGCUCUCACGCCACAGGCCACAAAGACGCUUAUGAGAAUAAUAAUGAGGGCGUAUUUUUUUUAAGAUUAUAUUUUAUUUCUUUGCAUUGAGUGUGAGGAAGAUGAAUGGCUUAGUAAAAUAAUAAAGUAAGUACAAUCACUAACCUCCUCUGUCUGUGAUCUCCGGUAGAUGAGUAUUACUAAUGGAGUUGAUUCUUCUUCGAGGGUGCUGCUCUUCAGUGAGAACGCAAAUCACUGCUCAUGACGUCUCUUCUCUUUCCGUAACAGUGCUUUAAUGACUGUGUUCUUUCUACAUUGGACAUGCCGUGUUACUGAGUUCUGUUUCCAGUAUCAGUAUGUAUAUGAAAAUGACAGUAUAGCCAUUUUUUCAUACACAAAUAUAAAUAAAAUAGUAUUUUUAAAAGUACAGAAUGAACUUUGUAUAGGCUUCUUCUUUCAGACUUUCAAAUCUGUAAUGGACAUAAUUAAUUCUGUCUUCCAGCCACAUGAAUAAGCAGUGAAUGCUUCUUGUGGGUGUUGUACUGGAGUUGUUUUACCUAGUAUAAACUGUCAAAGCCUUAUCCAUGGGUCUGACUGAACGAGGUUUUAUCUGCCUGAUACGCCUAAGAGGAUCAGGAGUGGCUCAGCCAUGACUCUCCCUGUCAGUUUGUCGCUGGGUGAGUCAGUUCACAGGCACCAACCGUGCACCAGUCUCCAGCGAUCCCACUGCGCAGCCGUAGAGGCGAUGUUGGCCUGGAAUGUCUGCCCUGGGGACAGCUUCCACGUUAGAGUUGGUGCUAUAAGCAGUUUUCCUCCCUCGCUUUCCAGCACAAUAGGAGAUGGAUUGCGAGGAAGGGAACCAGGUGUGCAGGAGCUGUAGGAGAGUGAGACGGAUGCCACUCCACAGCCACGAAGAAGGCUAUAAGGGCACAUGACAACAAAGUGGCUCUCUGGUGAGCAAUAAACUGUCAGCUCUGAGAUGCACCCAAUAAAAUGCAGAAUUCUUACUGUCUGGGUUACCACUUGAUGUCUGGAAAGUUCUUGCCAGUAAUGUGCAUGAAACAAAGAAGAAUAAAGUAGCAAACUUGUUAUUGAGGUGAUAAUUGUAUAGGUGGCCAGCUGUGGGGAAGGCUGAAGCAGAAGGGUGGAGUUUAAGGCCAGCCUGGGCAACUCUGGCAUUCUCAAACAAAUUGGCUUGAAAGGAUAGAGUUGAAGCUCAGCGACAGAGCACUCACCUGGCCGGCGUAAGGCCCAGGACUCGAUCCUCAGUACUGCAGGAAAGAGUGGUUGCUUCAUUUGAACACCCAAAGGAAGACGUGUGAGUAGGUGUGUGUACCCUGAAGAUUAUUAACUGUUCACGCUGCUGUAGAGUUUCUAUCCCAGGGAAAGUCUGGGUACAUUAUUGAUCAUUUGUAAAGUCCUGCAGAUGGGAAUUGCUGAAUAUUAUUUUGCAAAGGUAACAUAAAACUAGAAUAACUUUUAAAAUUCCACCUAUCUAGUGUUGUGUGUGCACACGUGUACAUGUGUGGCGGUCAGAGGACAACUUGGGAGUCAGUUCUCUCCUGUGUUAGUCUGGGGAGCGAGCUCAAAUUGGCCACACUCACAGUAACAAUAAGUAAAAAUAUUUUAAAGUUCUUCAAGCAACAAACAAAAUGAGAUACCUGCGGAGAAAGUUGUAUUGGUUCUCGAGCAGAUCAGUGGGGCUUAUAUGUGUGUGUAUUCAUUAUAAGGGUUUGCUGCAGGACCCGGGAAGUGCAACUGUGGAGCAUGCCCAGAGAUGGAGACCUUCUCCACUCAGGCUUCUUCCUCUCUAGAGAUCUGUCAGCUGAUUGGAUGAGUCCUACCCCACUCUGUUAACUACGCAUUUGCAUCCCAAAGUCUGCCAACCUCACAAAGAUUCCUUCCCAAGUGGGCUCUCCCUCU